CAGCCGCGGAGUUCCACGUCGCUGUCCUGGCGCCUGCGCCCUGAGGAGGAAGAGAAAGACUGAAGAUGGCGGAAGCCGACGAGCGGACGUUCCUAGGUCUUUCCGAUGUAUCCAUCUCAGAAGAUAUCCCUGUGGAGGGAGAGAUCACAGUGCCAAUGGCAUCUCACUCCCAGGAUGAAGACUAUUCUACGUUAGAUGAACCUGUGAAAGAAACCAUUAUUCGAGACCUGAAGGCUGUUGGGAAAAAAUUUGUUCAUGUCAUGUACCCCAAAAAAAGCAAUGCACUCUUGAGAGAUUGGGAUCUCUGGGGCCCUUUGGUCCUUUGUGUUUCGCUUGCACUGAUGUUACAGGGAGGCUCUGCGGAUAGUAAAGAAGAUGGCGGACCCCAGUUUGCUGAAGUUUUUGUCAUCAUCUGGUUUGGUGCAGUUGUCAUAACACUAAAUUCAAAACUUCUUGGGGGGACCAUAUCAUUCUUUCAGAGUCUCUGUGUCUUGGGUUACUGUGUCUUGCCCUUAACAGUGGCUAUGCUGGUGUGCCGACUGGUACUUCUGGCUGGUAUGGGACCUAUCAACUUCCUUAUCCGGCUUAUCGUGGUGAUUGCGAUGUUUGUCUGGUCCACCUUAGCAUCCACAGCGUUCCUGGCUGAUAGCCAGCCUCCGAAUCGAAAAGCCCUUGCUGUCUACCCCAUCUUCCUCUUCUACUUUGUUAUCAGCUGGAUGAUUCUCACCUUUACACCUCAUUAAACCAGGACACAAGAGAAGCCAAAGAGCCCAAGCAGAACAGAAGACUCCAGCUCCGCUUUGGGCCUUUGCCUCCUGUCUCUCCUUUCUUGACUGUCAGAGGGAGCCUGGACGUGGUGAAGGGGUAGAGGUGAUGGUAGGGAUUGGGGGGCAAGAGAAAGCCAAGGUCGUGCAGCAACACCAGCAAAGCAGUUGCUUGACAGGGUUGGUACUUUGAUUUUUCUUAAUAUGAUUGUUUCUUUAAAAUACACAUACAGCCAAAGUACUACCCUACUCAAGGAUUAUGGUUCACUGUGUCACAUGUGUGUAUGUGUGUGUGAAGGUGGCCACAGGAGUGACAUGGUGAUUGAUUACACAUUGAGUUAGAGACCGAAGUUAAGUUCAGACAACAUCAGUUCAUGCACAACUUUCUCUUUCAAACAUACUGCCUUAUCACCAUAGGGUGUAUUUCUCUCUUUUGGCAAGGGAGGGUGAUCUGUCUUUUUGUCUUCUUCCUUUCCUCUUUCUUUUUCCCCUUUUUCCUUCCCUUUUUGAAUAUAUGGAGGAGUAAGGGGAGAUUCAUAGAACACGUGGAAAAUGAAAACACUUUAAUUGAAAUUCAAGUUGUACUCUAAAGAAUUUGGACAGGCACCAUUUUCUUUGUAAAGCACAUGUGAGGAACCCUGUCUUUUUUGGACCACGUAAACCUCGGACUGUCUCUGUGCAUAUGCAUAUUGCAGUCAUGCCAUGUGUUCUGACAAAAGCAUGCCAACCUCUUGGUAGCACUCCAGCUCCUUAUCUUACUCUUUAGCCCUGAAUGUGCAUGCUGGGCUAUUCGGAGCCAACGUGGAAUUUUCCUUGGGCUAAAGCAAUCAGCAUUGAAACCCUUGAACUUACCCUAGUAGAAGACUUUUGAAAACUUAGGUAGGCAGGUCACUAAUGCACAUUUGUAUCACUGUAUAAUAAGCACAUUCUCUUAACUUCAAAGUCGGAUGUUUGGAAUAUAGAGUAACUGCAAGGAAUUCCUCCCUCCGAAAUGAGUCUCUCCUGGUGGGAGGAAUUCUAGAAGGUGCAGAUAAGAACUCGGAUGGGGUUUUAAAACCCACGAUGGCAUUUCAUGUCUUGAUGGCUGCCUGAUAAGGGAACUCAGAGAGGGACUUAGGAUCUCCCGCGUAGUUAGCUGUAGUCUCUUCACAGAAGCAGGAACGCUUUUUUCACUGGACCUCUUCCUGGUGGGGAACAGCAAAUGAUUUCCUUUAGCUGUAGACUGGAUUUAUUUAUAAAGACAGCUUAACUCUUCGUUAGCUGUACACUCUUUGCCCUGCUUUACUUGUUGGAUAUUUGUCCUCCUAGGAUGGUAAGUAAGGCCUUUCAAAAGCACUUGGAAGAGAGGCUGGCCUAAGACGGGCUCUGAACCAUUUGGGAGCUCCUUUAAAGGAGAGGUCUAGGCUCCUCUCUUUGGUGACAUUGCACACUGGAGAACGGUGGCAGGCAAACGUCCAUUCUGUCAGAGGGCAUUUGUUGCAGGUGCACAGUUAAUUCUGUAGAUGACCAUAACUUAGCCUGUGCAUUUUCUAUGUCAUACACUUAAUAACUUUCUAUUUAAAGGUGAGCUGUAUAUUAAGAGUAGAAUAGUUUGAUUUCCUAUAUUAGCCUAAGAAAAAUGGUCCCUAGACUGACCGAUAGCAAUAAAGGCCUUGUUAAAUGAGCUUUUCUCCUUUCCAGCCCCGGUUAAAGUUUUGCUUUCUCCAUUUUUAUUUAUUUAUUACAGUUCACCCUUAAAUGCUUAUGUAAUUUUCCACAUCAAGAUAAAUUCAGCACUUAAGUCUUGACCUAGAAGAUAUUUUGAACCACCUAAGUGGAUCCUAACUUGUUCACACUAAAAAUAUCUCUUCCUUUAGAGUUCCUCAUAAUCAGUUCUGACAAUUAUGUGAAUUUAUUUUGAAGGAAAGACUGUUUCCUGGGUCACUGUUUUUUCAAAGGGAAGGAAGGAAGCCUAUUCUGAUACGCAUUUUACUCGAAAGUCUGAAUAUUUGGUUGGAAGCAAGUAAAGCCAUGACUUUUUGAUUUUGCCUUUUUGUUUUUUAUAACUUUUCUUGUGUUUCAACAUGUCUUAUUCUGUGUUCACUAGUUGCUCUUAGGUAAUGUGGAUGACUUCUAGAACAGGGUGGUUUUUUUAUUUACUUUCUAUUUUCGUCAAUUUACUAAUAAAUUUGUUUCUUUUUUCUUUAGAUAUGAAAGUUUAAAAAAAACAAGUGGAGGUGGGUCAGUCUGAGGUGUAAAAUCUUUCCUUAACAAAUGUGAAAUGCUGAGGCCUUCAGAGCUGGUCCAGUCUACAGGCCAGAGCCUCUGAAAGCCAGAACCCUUGUUUGUCAUUUUCCUGAUUGUGAGUCCAAAGGCAGACAAGCUUGAUACUGUCACUGCAGAGCAUGGGGCAGCGAUGCCCACAUGCAUCAGUGGUCACUAUUAACUGCUUGUGAGGUCAAGAAUGUCUUGUCACAUCCUUUUGUGAUAAGAUCGGACUUAGGAAAGCAGUUAUUUGAUGCCAGCAUAAUUGAAGGUGCAGCUUACCCUUUCAAAAGGAAUCUCUAGGCCAGCGAGUCGUCCUUCCUUUGAGAAACUUGUUGUGCAAGGUGGGCUCGAUUGUUUUGUCGUUGCAGAGGGUGGCCAACCGUUGGCUGUAUUUCUCACAUCAAAGUCCACCAAAUGGAUAGAGGGGAUUAAUUCAAGUACGCUUGAUAAUCAUGCUGCCCAGCAUAAGGAGACUAUGCCUUUGAUCAUUUAUUCCUCCAAAUGGACAGCUAAGAUCUAGCAUUUCUUUUUCCUGAAUAACCUCAAGCAUAAUAGACAUUUCUGUAAAGGCAAGCAAGGUUUAAUGGCCAUGUGUUGCAAAAGCCUGUUUUUUUUUUUUAAACACUUAACAUCUUGAAUCCAAAUUGGACUAUUGGAUUCUGAGAGAAUUUUACUGAGAAAUCUGAGUGCUCUUGGGCUCAGAGGGUCAAGAGAUUUAGAGCUGAAAGGGACCUCAGAAAUCAACUAGGUCAACCUCCUUAUUUUGCAGAGGAGGAAACUGAG